AUGGACAGGCCUAUUGAUGAGAUCGUGAAAAAUUUGCUAAAGUUUGUUGUUCGAGGUUUCUACGGUGGAUCAUACAUCUUGGUUUUGGAUGCUGUUCUUUUUCAUUCAGUCCUGGCGGAGGAGGAUUUAAAGCAGUUGCUUGGGAUAAAUAAAACCGAUUUGGGGCCUUUGGUGGCGAGACUGAGGUCGGAUGGUCUUCUUUCGAUGCAUAAGCAGAGGGAAUACCCGCCUAAUUCAAAAAGUGUGGAACGGGCUUAUUUCUACAUUAAAUUUCCCCAUGCCAUCGAUGCCAUCAAGUGGAAGGUGCAUCAGGUGGUACAGAGAUUGAAGGAUGACCUCGACAAGAAUUCAGCCCCAAACGGUUACAUGUGUCCAAUCUGUUCGACAAAAUACACACAGUUGGAGGCGGUUCAACUACUUAACUACGAUAGAACUGAAUUUUUGUGUUCGUUAUGCAAUGAGCCUUUGGUAGAGGACGACUCGGGUAAGAAGAACAAGGAGAAGCAAGAUCGAUUGAACAGGCUUAUGGACCAAGUCCAGCCGAUUAUCGACUACUUGAAGAAGAUCGACGACUCGAGAAUCGAGGAGAACACAUUUGAGAUAGCUCUGGCUAGGUUGAUACCACCUCAAAACCAAUCACGGGCUGCAUACACUUAUAAUCCAAAGAAGGGAAGCACUAUGUUCAGGCCAGGGGACUCUUCGAUGGGAGUUGGCAUGGAUGGCUCUUCGCUGGGCAACGACAGCAGCCGCCGUGCCGGCGCCAACUCCCAAGCUACAUUGCAUGUCAACAUUACAACGGCGAGCGAUGAGAUCGCUCAGCGCGCAUUGCAGGAACGUCAAGCAGAAGAAAAGAGGAAACAAAACGCUGUACCGGAAUGGCAUAAACAGAGUACGAUUGGCAAGUCAGCAUUGGGCAGAUUGGAUGAGGACGAGGAGUUUGAUCCAAGGACCACAGCUCAGGCAAAUAUGUCACUGGAAGAAACAAACGGUGGCGUUAAGCAGGAGAUGGGCAUUGACGAAUUUUAUCAUAAACACCGUCCACUAACAGAACAGGAACUCGAAGAAAGAGAAAAUGAAAGGACUUUGAACGAAUACUAUGCAUCUCUGGCUAAGAAACAGGCAGAAGCGAAGGAAGAGGAUGAAGAUGAGGAUGAAGAAGACGAAGACGAAGAUGAAGCUGCAUAUGAUGACGAGUUUGAAGAUGUCGUUGAUCAAAAUGAGAAGCAGGUUAAUCAAGCUGCAAAUGGAGCUGUGACGCUGGAAGACGGACAGCAAUCCAACAAAAUGCAGGAGACAAGUCCCUCAAAUAACAUUGAAGACGAUGAAGACGAUGAUAUGGAUAUCGAGUUCGAGGACGUCUAA